AGUAUUUGUUUACACUCUUUGACACAGUAAUGGCAACUUGAUUAAUUUUAUUAGGUAUCGUUCCUUUAUUUAUAUUCUGUUUGUUUGUGUCAGUGUUACGUUUUCCAUAUUUUUUCAAAUAAAAUGAUGGAACAGGCAGUAGAAAGUAUAGAGAUGAAAACAGAAGAAUCGUCUUCGCACGAUUUUACAAGCACGAUGGAUCAGAACGCGGAGAAUGACGAACCCAGAACAGACGAUUCGUCGCCAAAGGAAUUUACGAGGCAUUGCGAAUAUUUUCACAUGGUUAUUAGACCUAUGCUAACACCCGGUCAUGAGGGUGAACUGUGCGAAUGGAUGAAGGAAAUGGGUUUACUUCGAAGAACCUGGAGAUGUACAAAUGAAGACUGUAAAGGCGUAAAUGGAUACAUGACGUGGAAUAAAGCUCGUGUUGUUGACAAAUAUAACUGGGCGUGCCCGAACUGUUCUAAGAAGUUAUCAAUAAGAGAAGGGUCAUUUUUUAUACACAUAAAAUGUGAAUUGAAACAGAUUUUCCAAGCAAUUCUAUGUUGGUGUGAACAAACUCCUGUAGCCCAAGCUUCAGCUACUUUAGGUAUUAAAGAUCAUGUAGUUAAACGAAUCUACGACCGUUGCAGUGAAGUGGCAAGCAAGUAUGUGGAAGACCACAACCAUGCUUGGCUUCUUGGUGGUGACAAUGCUGUAGUAGUUAUUGAUAUAUUCCCUGAUGGUUACAUGACGUCUAAUCCAGCAGUAAUUGAUUGCGCUGGCAAAAAAAACACCAAGAAGGUCUUAUGUAUAGCUGACACAAGCCAAAUGCCUGCUCGAAUAUGGGCAAGGAUCUUGGAACAGGAACAUCAAGGAGCAGUUGAAGAAGCUCUAAUGUAUGUUACACAGCAAAUACGACCAGGAUCAACUCUAGUGGCAAAUGAAAGAGCACAUGCCUGUCCAUACAGUGCUAUCUGCCAGUUAAAAGGCUAUCCCAGUAUUAUAAGUGUUGAGACACUUAUGGAACUAGAUCUUCCAGGUACUCGGAGAGUGCAGGAGAAUUUAGAGACAAUCUGGCAGGCCUUAGUAGCUGUCUGUGAAGAAGUAAGAGAUUUGCCAAAGAAAGCUGGAGCAAUACUUCUAAAUGAAUUUAUGUGGCGUCAAGUGUUUGGCAGCUCCUCGUCGACAGCACUUGAGUCAAUACUGCAUCACAUAGCAGAUCAGUACUUAGAAGAUGAUAACUGAAACUCUACAACAGGAUUGUAUAUGCAUGUCUGCAUUUCAUCAUCUGUAAGUGUGUGUUUACUGCUUCUACAUGUUUCAUUGCCUUAGGAAAAAAGCACAUAACUCACACAUUCAUUAUAUUCUGCUUUCAUACUGUUACUCAUGCUCGUCGUGCAGUUGUGAGAUGACAGCACCAAGUAAAGAUAUCUAAUAUUGUCAUGCUUUUGAUAGUAAAUGGAUUUCCAAAAGGCACAUGAUUCCAAAUACUCACUAUUAGACUCUCCACAAUGGCUUGUAUUUGGCAAAGUGAAAUCUGUUAAUUUCUUUUUAAUUAUUUGUGAGGAUAUGACAUGCCUGGAGCAACAUAUUUUUUGUUUUAUAUACAGAUUUGAUUCUUUGUAUUCUGUGGAGUAGUGCUCUGUCGUCAUUGUCUUUUUGUCUUAACUAACAUUUGUUGUGUAUACAAAUUGAAAAAUUUUAAAUAUGUCAGACUAUGCAGCUCUUGUUGUGCGUUACAAGGAAAGGAAUGUUAACUAUACUAUCCUAUUUUUAUUGUGGCGUUGUUCUUACAAAAGAAUUAUUUCAUAUCAGCAUAAAAAUGGUGACCAAAUUUUCUGGAAAAAUGAUUUUUAAAUUAGUGUCUGUAUUUUUCUAACAAACUUGUCUUGCAGAAUUAUGAAACUAAAUCCAGAUAGCUAUUAAGAAAGAAGACGGCAUUUAAAAACAUUCAAAUACUUGUUAAUAGUGUGUUUUACAUGAUAAUGUUUAUAAUGAUGAUAUUUUAUUUUUUAUUCCUGGAACAGCUGUUAAUAAUGAUACUGCUGGUAAAUGACAUAUAAUGCUAAUGGCAGCUGACAAUUGUUGUCAUUUCUGUUUACUACACAUGCUUUAUUGUAUAUUGCAUUGUAUUUAAGGGUGCUCAUAGGUUUCAGAAAGUCAUUUGCCAUUAGUUUUUAUUGGUGUUAGCAAAUUAAUGUUUCCUUGGGCAAAACUUUAAAAUGUGUUGUUUGUUAGUCUACCAUAAUCUAGUUUGUUAAUAUUGACAGUAAACUCUUUUGCUAUAAAUGCUUUCUUCCAUCACUUUCAUUAUGACAAGAUACCUUGUAUUAAUAAAUUGUUACACGUAAUUAUUUACCCAUUGACUGCCAUAUCACUCAUUAGGUGUUGGGUACCACAGCUUUUGUAUAUGAUUAACACCAGUAGUUUCCUACUAUGCUAUACCAGACAGAUGUGGGUGACAUUUUUGUUUUUAGAGGAUAUCAUUCACAUUGGGGCCAAUGCCAAGUAUAGUUUUACAUUUUGGAAUGAGCCUUUGGGACUUUACUCUGAGCCAUUCCAGCCUCCAAUCCACAACAGAAAGUGAAAUUGCCAUAAUUACCACAUGCAUACUUCGCAAAUAAGACAUUUGUUACUAUAUUACUUACAUCUGAAAGACUGAGAUUCCUGGGGACAAAAAAAUUGCUGAUGAUUUUUUCCAAGUAAACGCCACUCAAGAUGAGACCUUCGGCCUUUUCUGAAUGGCCAACUGCUAGCUUCAAGGCAGUAUGCAUCACCACCUAUCGUGGGACAUGUGAUCAGCAUAUUGCCAAUCCCUUCAGCUGUUAUUGCCAGUAGAUAAAUAUGAUGCCACUCUGUUCAAGCAGCUCCUCAUUUUACCUCACAAGGGCUGAGUGAACUCCAUUUCCAUACCUCCCUACAUCAUAAAAAAUCUGAGUAGAUAUUGGGAAUUGAAUCCUGGUCUUCCCACACCAAAGGCAAAGGCAUUAACUAUUUGGCUAUGGAGGUGGUCUUGUUUUCCAAAGCAGUGUUCUGUAGAUGCCAUCAAGAAGUGGAACUUUCAGGGAUAUGGAAUGAUAUAUAUAACAUGAGGCAAAGACUUCAUAGAAACUUAACACGUACACUGUAUUGAUAAUGAGCUGUCAUUGUACUGUGUAAUGUUAUUCACUCUUGUAGCAUUUAAAUUUAGCUGCUCUUUCUUGUGAGCAUGAUUUUUUGCAUGCUUGCUUUGGCGACCUUAUACACUAUGAGAGUAUUUACAACAUGCAUUUCAAGUAGGCAUUCUGUCUCUGACUUUGAGAACUAUUUCACAGGAGUCUCUCAGAGUGCUUGAUUGGAGGUUUCAGUAAUAUUUUACUGUUGUAGUCACAUAUGGCAGGUAGCUUUACGAUCCUCUUGUAGGUUUCUUACUCACAGAUGGUUGGUUUUUGACAUCUGCAUUGCCUGUUGUCAGUGGGGCAGGUUUUGCUGAAAGGAGCAUGUCUCGCGUAAAAAGUACUCCAUUCCAUUACCAUGAUACCAUUUUUAUCAUCUUCUGCAGUCACACCUCCUUAUCUAAUUUCUUUAGCUUUUAAUAAUGUGGAAUGAUCGAAUAGUAUGGUCAUACUGCAGCACCAACCUGUGUUUUUCAUUGUAAGCAGGACAGUUUCCAGUUUGUAACUUCAGUAGAAGUUUCCCAAGAAUAAUUUAUGUCCCUCAUUUACAAAUAUUUGUGGCUGAUAUUCAGGUAAUGUCCUUGCAAAAUCCUGUGUCUUGUUGUUCAUCUCAGAGUAGCUGCAGCAAAUUUUACUAUUUUUUGAAGAAUUAAGUUUGCAAAGUUUUAUCCCAUUUUAGCUUUGUUGGGAAUUUAUUGACAGACUACUAGUCUGUCUCUCCAAGGAACAAGUGUUCAUCACCAACAAAGUUUUCUCCUUGUGUUAAAAUACUUUCUGAAACUUCUCAUGCGGUACAUCUCUAAGUGGAUUUACUUUCCCCAAACUGUCAUCAGGCAUUUGUUUUCAUUAUCUACCAAGUGAAUCAGGUGCAACAGAAUGUUGGACAGUGUAUUGUGGUUAAUUGAUUUCGUUAGCCAAUGGAACCCCAAUAUUGCAACAUUUCAAAACAUGUUCAAAUGUGUGUGAAUUCCUAAGGGACCAAACUGCUAAAGUCAUUGGCGCCUAGACUUAUACACUACUUAAACUAACUUAUGGUAAGAACAACACACACCCAUGCCCGAGGGAGGACUCAAACGGCUGGCGGUAGAGGCUGUGCAAUGUGUGACAUGAUGCCUCUAUCUGCAAGGCUUAAACAUUUGUUAAAGCCCAUCUACAUAAGUAAUCCGAAAACCUCCUUCUCUCAUCUCUACAUGUUAUGAUCCAUUUACUGACUGGUGUGACAGUCUGCUGCUAAGUGUAACUAGAUCCUCCAUAUAUCUGAUAGUUUUAAGCAUGGAUAUGUUUAAAACUUCAUUGCCCACAAACAGGGAAAGGGCAUCAGAUGAUGAACUGGUUUUUGAAACAACUUUUUGCAAACCAGAUUUGCCUGUGAAAGCAAAUGAUUUCUGAUGUCUUCAGCAUUUGAUCCAUUUCACAUUUCCAGUUGCAUGGGUAUCUUCUUUUUUCUUCUACUUUAUGCUUUACCAGUUCAUUCUUUUCCUCUGCUUCUGUUUGCUGAUUUACUGCAGCUAUGUUGUCCAUCUCAUUAUUUGCUUGCUCUCCUGAAUUGCAGGGACUCAUCAGAAACAAUAUGUUGCUCAUAAUUACGAGCUUUUAAAAUCCUUUGCAUGAUCUCUUCAGUCAACCUUUCACCAGGCAUUAUUGGCUAUUCCUGAUGACAAAUCAGAUUCAGAUUUUCAAAAGUAUUAGACAGUAUGUGCCUGUCAUGAUGAUGGUCACACACAGGUGGCCAUACAAUGACACUGCACUUGUUGCAUGUGACCGAAAUUUUCUGUUACUUAUACCUAAUGUUCUGAGGUUAAAAAGGAGUGAAAUAUAUAAAUACGUGCUUCUUUCACACUACCAGCAAGUUCGACAGUAAAAACUAAGUGGCCCCAGGAGGAUUAAUUUCCAAAUCUACCAAGACUGCCAGAGGCUGAAGAAUGUCUCCUGCAUCUGUUUGAUGUGGCCUAGUUGAAAUGGCAGACAAAGGGUUAAGAACCUUUUUCAUCUUGUCACAGGAAAUACUUGGAACUUUAACUUAAAUACUAUGUGUGGAAGUUUGUUAAUUACAGAGUCUAACUUUUGUUAACUUUGAUUUCAUCCAGUGUUUUUAACAAAACAGUUCUGCUCUGCUGAUUUUACUUAUUAACAAUGUUUGAAAUAUAGUUAAUUCAUUUAGAUUCUUGCUUGUGAGUUUCACAGACAUCUCAAAAUAAAGUUUAUCAUUUGGUCAGCUAUGUAUUGGCAGAUGUAGUACCUGACAGCGGCAUUGUUUGUGAGAGAUACACUUGUAGAAACCCUACAGACAGCCUUAACUGUUGAUCUGGGGUUGUAGUAUUUUCAUUGUUCCUAUGUAUCUUGAAAGACUUGUCUGCUGUAAAUUUGUUUGAUAAGUCAUUUUAUGAAGUGGACUUGUUCCUGAACAGGCCAAUGUUUGCCAUAGUUUUGGAAAACACUAAUAAUGUGUAGCUGUCUCACCAAGAAAUUGUAAGAAAGUAGUCUCUUUGAUUAGCAUAUGAUAUACUUUGAUUGCUUGACUACAGGCUGUGUAUGAACAAGUGGACUAGAACUGUGACAAAUUACCUGUUUAUUUCUGAAAAAUCAUAAUAAGCACUCCACUGUCGGCUAAAUGUGAGGGGAAAAGUAGAAGAUAUUAAUGAGCCAGUGUGAGAUGCAGCAAUAGUCUCCAGCUUAUCUGCUGUUCCCAAACAUGUUGCACAAAGCUCCUUAUCACUGAACAUUAAUAAAUUCUAUUUUCUGAUCAUUUACAUAUGUACUUAUGAAAGUUCAUUUUUUCUGCAUUAGAUGUUGAUGCACAAUAUUGGUGUAUUUUAUUGAUUUUUUGGUGAAUGGUUCACAGCUAAGUUUGUUUAUAGUACAAAUACAGCACCAUGGUUAGGGCUUUAUUUAUCCUUGUUUCAUUAUUGUACAUAUUUUUUUUCAGUUACAGCAGUAAGUUUUAAAUAUUAUUUUUAUACUAUUUGGUUGUUUAUGUGUGUGUUUGUGGCCUUUUAUUUCCUAAAUUCAAUGCUCUAUAUGGUGACAAAAACAUAAUCAUUGUAUCUGAAUGUGGAUUUGUUAUUGUAAAUAGUGUAGCCAAAUACUAAAUCUUACUGUGAAGCUACAAGGGUAUUUCCAUUUUUACUGUUGUGCCAGUUCAUAGACUUGUUUAGUAUAUCGUUUCUUUUAUAGUUGUGAAUUAUGUAAUAUAUUUUAAUUAAUAGUUACAUUUAACCAAAUGCAGUUAGGUCAAUAAGAUACACUGUGAAGGUGCAUUCUCUGGAAGUACAUAGACUGCACAACAUGGAAAGCAGGUUAAACACCUUAAUAUUGUGAAGCAUUGUAUUGGCAUUCAUUGUUGAAAUCCAGAGUUCUCUGUAGCAUGUAUAUAAUUGUGUGUAUUCAGUUUCCAUUUACAUUAUUAUACUACACUCUCCAGACACAAGAAGUAUAUAAUUUGUAGUAUGUUAUUAUUUAACUGUCUUGUUGCCGUUACCUUUCUAACAGCUCAGUAUACCACUUCAUAUCAGUAUAAUUUUAUUUUGAAGUUUGAAGAAUGUACCAUCUGUGAUUAGAAAAUAUCUAAAGCAACUUUCUAUCAAAAUACCCAGCCAUUAACUGCUUCUUGAUUAUUCUUGUUUAAAAAUAUUUGUGUUUCGCGAACAUUGUAAGUCAGAUGUGUGAUAGAAAGCAAUAGUUAUGAAAAGCUUCUUGACUCUGUCUCUAAAGUAUUUGGUUAAGAUAUGACUGCCUUGUGUCUAACAACACUCUUAUUAUAACUUGUCAUUAUUUUGAGCUGUUCAUACGUUUGUGAUUAUAAGAUUUGUAGCUUAUAAUUUGCUGUGACUACUACUUAUUUGUUGUCUACUACACUGCUCACUUUUUGGAAUUAAUGUGGAUUAUGUAAUAGUGUACGAGUACAUCAGGACAUACCCCUUGUGUGAAAAGCAUAUCAUGAAUACAAAAUAUGAUAUAAGUGAGAAAAAAAAUACAUUUGUAUGAAAUACUUGUUAUUUUUAACUACAACUUUUUCUUACAGAUGCUACUCAAUGGUAAUCAAUUUAUAGCAAUGUAUUUUGAUGCUGAGCACUCAUGUUGUUGUGUAUUUGACUUUACUUUCACUUUCUUUUUCAAAAAGAAUUACAUACUUGAGAAGCCAAUUCAAUACUGAAAUCUCCAGAUUUUCCAAGGAACUCUCAUAUUUUUGUAACCAUAAAAAACCCUCUCAGUAUGAUUAUUAAGAAUCGUAACAUAAUUCUUUUGGGCUUUUCUGAUCAUCUAGUGACUUGUUGAAUAAUCGGGAUUUCUGCCAGAUGUUCAUGCUGUUCUCAUACGAUAUUUCUACGGCAUAAAUUGCUCUGAUAUUACACAAACCUUUUGUUCAUUAUAAUCAUACUAUGUUGGGCACUUGGGAACUGGAGGGUGCCAUCUGCUUUUAUAUUGCUAUCAGAUUCAAAAUGAAACAGUCUUCGGAAAACUGCCUGCUGCUGUUACCAUUGCAGAUAAUGUUCGACUAUGCUACAACAUUUAACCUAUAUCAGUCACUGAUCUAAAGUUUCUCAUAGAUUUCCUGUGACUAAGUCAUCCAGAUAAUUUUUGGCAUCUAGUGGAGUUUAUGGUAUCAAGUGUUAUAUAAAAAAAAAAACGUGUAUGUACUAUACCUUAUAACUAUCUGACUACUUAGUUUGUGUGCAUGCUUUUACUUUGACGUGUUUGCGACAUGUUUGCUCACACCUUUGAGCAUCUUGUAAGUCACAAAUAGUGAAAUUCAACUGCGAGCUUGUGUACAUUUUAGUAAUGUUGGACAUUUGAGAUUAUGUGGAACAUGAGUUAUAUAAUUGUUAAAAUUAAAAUACUGAUCACCUAUUAUUUUACACAAAAUGACAUUUUGCAAAGUACUGCUUGGAUUAUUGCCCUAUAUCAAAGUGACACUAUCAGCUGGUCAUUAAUAACUGAAGAGCGAUGUAUGGUCCAGAUGGGUCAACAACAAAAAUGCUGUUUGUGAAAAUAAAGUCACUGUACACAUGUAAAUUGGUUACACAAUUAUAUAUGAAGGGGUCGGCAGAAGAAAGUGCUAACCUCAAUGUGGUUAGCAUUAAGUGUGACACAUCAUUUAUCAUAUUUUUGAAUGCACCAAACUUCCAUGUGUACCACUACUAUACAAUAUUGAGUAUAUAAAUUGAUUUGUCUUUCUCCAAACAUAUAACAUGCAGUAACACUAAGUAUGCUUUUGUUAGGUAAGAGCUUCUUGUGUCAUCCUCUUCAUAUAUUACUUACAGAGUAAAGAUUGAGGCACAACAUUUUUUUUUAUUUGUUGCACUUUUCUUUUCACCUCAAUAUGUGCCAUGAACAGAUUAUUUAUAGAACCAGCAGUCAAUAAAUAGUCGUUUCUCUGCUGCUGCCUGAAGCAGAAAACCUGUGGAUAGCAUAUAACUAUAACUGGAUAUCAUUAGUGGUUUGCUUGUAAUCUUUUCUAAGGGUGAGGUAACCAUCACUGUACAUAAUAUCUGGCCACAUUCCAUGUGACACUGACUUUGUGAAAAGGCUGUUGCAGUACAACUGAUCUGUUGGGAUUUUCCUACUACAUGUUGAAAAAUGUCAGUAUUAUUAAAUAUAUUUUAUUUAAAAUAUUUAUUUUUAACAUUUUACAGUAUUUGUUUAUAAUGUCAAAAUAUGUAAAAAACCAAAUCAGGGCCAUUUUCUUUCCUUUUACUUGACAUUUCUCAUAAAUAAGCAGCAUUUAUUGAAAUAAUUUAAUGCAUACUUUCUAUAUUGUGAAAUAUAUUGUAUAUAGUUUCUCAGUGGAUAAAAGGAAAGCCAUAUAUUGUAAUGUAGAGCCUCCAGAAUAAAAUAAUACAAUCAAGAGGUUUAAACUGUGCUGUUUCUAUGCUAGUUUCAGACACAGAUAUUUUAUGUCAGUAGCUGGAAGUAAAUUGUCAUAUUCUUGCCCCAUAUCUUUAGAUUUAACAUCAGAGUACAUUAAUUGAAUUGUGAGAUAUUCCUGCAACAUUUACAGUUUUUAAUUAUUACACGUUGCACAAAUGUCAAUAUAUCUUAAGGGAUGCAGGUGUGUUCUCAGGAAUAUCUCUUGGAUGUUUUAGAUUGUGUAAUGAUUUAAGGUUGAUAUGACACCAUAUAAAAUAAUUGUGCCUUCCACAAGUGCAAAUAGUUACCAACAUAAUCAUCACAUUUCAGAGGCUCAGAAUAUAUUUUUCAUAUAUUUUUGUUACGUGCCUUUUUAAGUUUCUUAAUUAUAAAGAUUCUAAUAAUGAUAAUAAGUCUGUUAUAUGCAGUUGAAGAUGCUGUAUUUGUUAAUACUCGUAGUAAUUGAAAACCAUACGACUGACAUAAUGGUGAUUGGUUGAUGUAUAUUUUCAGCAGUUCUAAUGGAUGUGGCCUACAUGAAAUGUCCUUAAUGGUUGAGAAAUUUGUAAUACUGUAUGGUGCAAAUGUUUUUUGCAUAAUCAGAGUAAUUUUUAAUCUUGACUUGCUUUAUUGGAAUAAUAUCACAUUAAAUGUUAAAAUCUGUGGUUUCUAUAUUUGUAUAUUUGAGAGAAGAGUAUAUCAAUAAAUAUAUACAGUUUUCUAUA